AUGAAGUUCACUGUCCUUUCUUUCGCACUCGCAACAGCUAUCAUAAGCGGUGUCUCUGCACAAGACGGCCUGUCGGCGUGUGCCCUCGGCUGCUUCGCGUCGUCUACGACUGGGACUGGAUGCACUGUGACGGACAUCAGCUGCCUCUGUAAGAGUACCCAGUUCCAACAGGCCGUGAAAACGUGUCUUGAGAAACAGUGCACCUCCGCCGACCUCGCCGCUGCGGAAGCGCUCGAGCAGUCGGAGUGCGGUGCUUCGACCACGACGAGCAGCAGUUCUAGCCCUCCGCCUGAGAAGACUUCGUCGUCCUCCCAAAAGGCCACGACGACGACGCCCUCACACUCGUCGAGUGCGCUGCCACCUCCUUCUUCGCACUCGUCUUCCUCACACCCGUCCUCCUCACACUCGCCUUCUGCUUCAUCCUCCGAUUCAGCGACUCACUCCACCAGUCACUCUGACCCGGAGACGAAGAGCAAGAGCGAGAGUGCCUCUGGCACUCCGUCGAAGCCAUCCUCACCUUCUUCGACUUCCGCCGCCCCGGCCUCCGUAACCAACUCCACGGCUCUCGCAGUGUCCUCUUCGGCGGCUGUCAACUCCACCCUGGCCUCGAGCUCGUCCUCCAGUGCGACGCUCACGGUUCUCCCUUCCAGCACUGACCCGGCCUCCACCGCUCUCGUGACGUCCACGUCCGUCGCGUCCUCCAGUACUGUGAACCCGACCAACGGCGCUGUGCCAGGCGGUGCCAGGGGUCUCACUGGGGGCGUCGCUGUCUUCGCUGGGCUUCUUGGUGCUGCGUUCGCUUUGUAA